AUGGCCAAGCGAAUCGCUGACUCACAGAUGACGCGAGAGGCUCUAGAUGCCGGGCGUUCGGAUGAUGAGGACGAUAGAAACUCUGACCUCCACCAGGGCUUCAAGCCAGCUUCUAGUGAUAUCAUGAGCAAACGGAAGAUUGCCCAACCAAGAAAACGGAAACAGAUGGCAUUUGGGAUGGACAACAGCAAAGGCAACGGGGAGUCCGCAAUGGCCAACGCUUUUUCGUUUGGAGCUGCCACGCCAGCGAGCGGCGGCUUCUCGUUCGGCAAUGCGAACCAACCGGUACCUGCCACUGCAUCUGCCACUGCAGAGGGGGCCUUCUCCGGUAUAAAAAGUUCCACACCAGCCGCAGAUAGCGGUGACGGUAAAACCGACAAGAGCGACAGAAACGCUAAGCACAAUGCUCUGAACCUACAGUUUCAAACCAAAAUCGGCGAAUUUAUCACCAGGGACCCAUGCGUCGAUCUUUCGAGUGCAUUUGAUCAGUACAAGCGCUAUUUGGAGGAUAUCAGGAGCGGUGCUGAAACAAGCGCAUCUUCCGCAUCUAAAGCCCCUGCUCCCGCGCCCGCCGCUAAGCUUGCUCCCCCACCCGCACCAGCUGAUGCCUCCUCUGAUUCCGAGUCUGACGACGAGGUCAAGAUCCAGGGACCUUCCUUUACACUGACUGAACAGCCAACCACCAAGGACUCGGUCUUCAGUUUCGGUGCCAAAAAGAAAAGGCAGGCUGAUAGCGAUUCUGAAAGUGAUAUAGAAAUCAAAGGUCCCUCCUUCACCUUCGAAUCUGCCACUUCCGCUCCUAAAAGCUCCGUUUUCAAGCUUGAAUCCACCGCUACGCCACAGUCUCAAAGGGAAAGUGCCACCAAGAUUUCCGCAUCCGUUUCUGCUCCGUCGGAACAGGCCCAAGACGCUGCUCCCGCGGCGAAGGAAACGUCCUCAAAAUUCAGCUUUGGUGCCAGCACCACAAAACCCGCCCUUGGGUCUAACGCUACAUCUCAAACAACGGCCAAAACGUCAUUUACAUUUGGUCUUCCACCCAAAGAGGCUACUAAUACAUCCGAAAAUAAGCCAAUUGCUUCCAGUCUCUUCGGCACAGUAGCUACCGAAACCAAAGAUCAGCAGCAGGAUAUACCCAAACCAUCUUUUUCAUUUGGUCAGUCCACUUCCCCAGCACAGAAUGGUUCCGAGGAUAAAACGCCUAGUUUCACGUUUGGCAGCUCCAGCGCCUCUAAAGAUCCUAGCACGACAGGUGGAAACAAAGGCUCUGAAGACUCAUCCAAACCUAAACCUUUCACAUUUGGAAAAUCUGUAACCACGGAGAAGGCCAAUGGCGAGAAGACUAUACCCUCGUUCUCGUUUGGUCAGAAGCCCUUAUCACAAUCAGGAAACGGAGAGAAGACAAUUCCCUCUUUUUCGUUCGGUCAGAAAAAAGACACGUCCUCAGAGGACGGGGAGAAGCCCAAACCCACAUUCUCUUUCGGUUCCUCUAACGCGUCUACAGCCCCAAGUUUCAGCUUUGGCAAACCAGCAGAAUCCACGGGAGCUCCCUCUGGUGGUUUCAAAUUCAACUUGCCGUUCUCCUCGGCGCCCUCAUCAAAUCAACCCCCAAAGACAGAAGCCAUCAAAAAAGUUGAAGAUUCUCCGGCAGUUGAAAAUGAGCCUGAAGUAGAAGAUUCAAAAGGUAUCAGCAUGACGAAUGGCGAGGAAGGCGAAGAAUUGCUGUUUUCCAAGCGUGCCAAACUAAUGGUCAUCAAUCCCGAAACUAAGGCCUACGAUUCCCGCGGUGUAGGAGAACUGAAACUCCUACGGAACAAGGACGACAAAACCAAGACCAGAAUCCUUUGCAGAUCUGAUGGUAUGGGCCAUGUACUUUUGAACACGAGCGUGGUCAAAACUUUUCAAUAUGCGGCAGCCGAUGCCGACAAAGAAAACUUUAUAAAAUGUCCUAUCAUUAACGGAGAAGGAAAGCUCGAAAACUACAUGAUUCGCGUUAAACAAAAAGCAGAUGGUCGUCAAUUUUGUAAUUCUAUCAAAGAGGCACAAGAUAGCAUGUAA